UUUCCGUAAUGACGUCAUCAAAGCGGGCCACGGUCGGCGACGUGAACCGCGAAGAGAAGGAACGACGCGUCCGCGAUGUCUCGUGCGACCUUGGAGUUCCUCAAACCGUAAAUUUGUUCCGCGCCUCGCGUGUCACGGUACCGAGCGGCCGCGUUUCCCACGAACUCGUCCGUGAACAUCCGAGCCCAACGUUCGGAUCGCAGCAGUUUGAACACGGCGGAGCCUUGUUUCGCACUAGCAUGAGCGCGACGUGACGCGUCUCAAAGCGGAGUAACUGCUGACUUUCGUCCGACUGCUCUCGUUUCGCGCGAGUCGAAGAAGCAGAGGAAGAAGAAUGUCGGCCAAGCAGGCGUCCGUGCACGCCAAAUGGAUCAUCGGCAGAGUUAUCGGAACCAAAAUGACCAAGACCGCCAAAGUGCGCGUCACCAGGCUCGUGCUGGACCCCUACUUGCUCAAGUACUACAACAGGAGGAAGACGUACUUUGCGCACGACGCGCAGCAGCAGUGCACGGUGGGCGACGUGGUGCUGCUCAAGGCCCUGGCCGAGCCGCGCUCCAAACACGUCAAGCACGAGCUGGCCCAGGUGGUCCACAAGGUGGGUCGCGGCGUCGACCCGCUGACGGGCAAGCGGGUGGCCGGCGCCCACUUCCUGGAGCCGCUGGACGAGCUUCACGCCGAGGACGAGACUUUGGCCCGCAAAGUCCAAAGCUUGAACAUCACGGCCGACGCGUCCGUUUCAAGGUACGACGGUUUGAACGAGCUUCCCUAGGUUUUGUGGAGCGCUUCCCCUCAUCUGAGUUGCGGGCGAGCUGCAAGCUACACCGGGUGACUUUGUGCCAGAGGCGGGCGCAGAGGGCGCGUGUGGACAAAUAAGCAUUCCCGCAAUCAGUUCUUGCGGGAUUUGAGUGUGUUGGAGGAAUCUGGAGUAUCCGGAGAAAAGCGCUGGGACAACGCGGCAACGGAGUCCAACCCGAUGCUUCAAAUCUUGACGGCGCGCGUGCUCACCACGAGGACCUCCAAGGGGCUGUCUGGAAAGUACUUUUCAUGCUGUAGGGCCAUGAAAACAAAGACAAAUCCGAGUGCACCUGGACUUUUUGCAUAUUCGUGUCCUUGCGAUGAUCAUUCAAUCUAAGUUGACAAUAAAAAGCGCAACUGGCUCUUU